GUUGGGGGCAGCAAGCAAGAAGCAAGCAAGAUGCGGCUUGUUGUUCGCUGGUUGUUGUUGUUGUGUGUGCUGGUGGUGGUUGCACCAGCGCAGGUGGCUGUGGUGAGCGCGGCCGGAGACAGUGCGGCGUGUGUGGCGCUUGGCGCCGCUUCAUCUUGUGUGGAGCUCAACCGAAACGCGUGCAGUGGCGCCGGUGCUGGGUCUGGUGAUUGCGGUAGCUGCUUUGAUGGGUACGCGGCGUCGAACCAAUCCACGACCUGCUUCCCUGUUUCCUGCGGCACACCGCAACCCACGUCCAACGCCAACCCGGAGUCCACUUCUGAGCUCUUCUUUGGCGACACCGUGACCUUCUCCUGCAACCCUGGCACCCGUGCUUCCGGUGAUGCAGACUCGUACGACGUACAGUGCACAGCUGACGGCACGCUCGAGCCGGUUGUGUCAGGACAGUCCUGUCAAGAUGUGGACAUGUGCGCUGGAUCUCCAUGCGGGGAGCAGCUGUGUGAGGAGACUGCAAAUGGCCUGGACUUCAUCUGCCGCUGCAAACCGGGCUUUGCUGGCACCGCAGACCACGAAGGCAACGGCUGCUUUGUGCCCGAAAUGGCCGUGGUGGACGGCACCUUGGAGGUGCUGGCCGAGGACGUGGUCCUCAACCUGCCGGAGCAGCCCGAGUUUACCUCUCUCCGCUCACUCGUGCAGCAGCUGUCGACUGCGCUGGAGACAGAGGUGACGACUGCACGCGACAACGAGAGCAGAAAUCAGGACAACAUCCUGGCCCUGCAGCAGCUGCUUGCCGAGCUCGGUGCAAACUUCACUGCACUGAACGGCCGACAAGAGGACACGUCCGCAUUCGCCGCCGCUCUGGCCCAACAGAUCACGGACGAGAGAAACCGCGCCACCGCCGCGGAGAACAGCAUUUCCCAAGCCGUCAAUGGUUUGGCGGGCGAUUUGAAUGACCUGAGUGGCCGCGUGGACAACGUUGCGGCACUGCCGGAUGAAGUGCAGGCGCUGCGUGACGAAUUGUCGCAGCUGAAGCUCCUGCUCGUCCCCAAGAGCUGUCUGGACGUGAAGAACAUCAAUCCGAGUGCACAGAGCGGCAUCUACGAGAUUCGGCCUGCCGGGUUUACGCGCAAGGCGACGCUUGACGUGUAUUGCGACAUGGAGACGGACGGCGGCGGGUGGACACGCACAGCGCACCUCAACGACCAGCAAAUCACAGAGUUCCCUGUGACGGAUGCCAACGCCAUGGUGGACGCAUCGAGUCUUGGCUACAACUCAUUCUCCGGCCUCUGGUUCAACACCCAGCCAACAACGCAAAUGCUGAUCCACUAUGCUGGCGGGGGCGGGGCUGCGUAUGGAGCCGGCGAGCACGUGCGCAUCACUUGGGGCGACGACCCGAUGACAUAUGGCGUGUACAACAACCACCGCCUGCAGGACUGCCGCAACCUUGAGCAGAACGUUGCGUGGUCGUCGUGCCAGUACUCGUCGCAUCAGGAUGCGACGUGGCAGAGCUGCUCGUUCUCGUUCACGUGGGGCGGACUGAACAACAUGUACGGCGGGAACCAGCAGUACCGCGUCAUCCUGGGACCGACGGCCCGGCACAACGGCGGCGGAGAUUGCUUCUGGCACAACUUUGGAGCAAACACCAACGACAGAAACAACGCCAACGACUGGGCUGGCGCACCGGACAAGGAAGGGUACAUCUACUUCCGCUGACACCCCCGCAUGCUGCCACCCCCCCCCCACCCACGAAUUCUCACUCUCACUGACACGCACAUUGUCAUGCUGUCUUCUCAUGGAUGCCUUUUCAAUACGUUUUGUCAUUGCGUCUUCCCAAUUUGAUUUCCCUCUCAAAUGAACACCCAACCAAAACGCGCCCCCAUACACGCCCAUAUCUGCCCAUAUGCGCUCUUUCUUGCACAUGUACGUCUUCUGUUUUCUGUCGCGGGCGCUGUGUUGGUUUGUCUUCAAGCCCAAAGCACACGCUGCUUCCUUGGCCAUAUUAUGUUGCACGCAUCCAUGACGAGUGAGUACAUUUUGUCCCAAACAACGACAGAAUCACCAAAGCACGUUUGCAAAGGAAAGAGUGUGACACGACGACUCU